UAACGUGGCUUUUGGUAUCCUCCGCGCGAAUGUAUCCCGGCCUUACCGGCUGUUAGGCGAUUUCACGUGUUCGCUCGGCGGAUUCCGUAAAUAAUUUCAAGCUUAUCGAGACAACGCGCUCAUCUUUUCGUCCUAAGUAUUGCUGAGACAUCGAACCAAUGUUCACAGGACAAGGGCGAAUGAAUCAGCUGGGCGGCGUCUUCAUCAACGGCCGUCCCCUUCCAAAUCACAUUCGCUUGAAAAUCGUAGAAAUGGCGGCCGCUGGGAUACGACCCUGCGUGAUAUCGAGACAGCUUCGUGUUUCCCACGGUUGCGUAUCGAAAAUACUCAAUCGUUAUCAAGAGACAGGCUCUAUCAGGCCGGGUGUUAUUGGUGGCAGCAAGCCAAGAGUUGCAACGCCGGAAGUCGAGGCUAAGAUCGAGGAAUUGAAGAGGGUCAAUCCUGGUAUCUUCUCUUGGGAGAUCCGUGACACGCUGGUAAAGGAAGGCUUCUCCGAUCCACCUAGCGUCAGCUCCAUCAGCAGGCUACUUCGGGGUGGAAGACCGGGGGACGACGGGAAGAAGGAUUACACGAUAGACGGUAUAUUGGGAGGCGGUCGUUGCGGUGAUGAUUCUGAUACAGAAAGUGAACCAGGCAUACCUCUGAAACGAAAACAACGUAGAAGUAGAACAACGUUCACUGGAGAACAACUUGAACAACUCGAGGCUGCUUUUCAACGUGCACAGUAUCCAGAUGUUUAUGCUAGAGAAGAAUUGGCUCAGAGAACUGGUCUAACAGAAGCUAGGAUUCAAGUCUGGUUCAGCAAUCGAAGAGCUCGUCUUCGUAAACACGCAGGAAGCAUAGCACAUUCUGUACCAAGUUUACCCCUAACGCCCUGUCAAUACGCUGCAGCGAGUCACGAGUUGGCUCAAAUCGCUCAAAUACCUCAAAUGUCAAGCGAAAUACCUCAAGUACCAACGAGUUUGCAUCAUAGUCCGACGGCUCUGCACCAAACACCAAAUACCGUACACCAAGUUGUUGGAAGUGUUUCCCAGAUGACCACGUCGAUGGCUCCAAUCCCUACGACGAACACUUUACAAGGACAUGCUGUCUCUAUUUCGGAACACCUGACUUCCCUCUCUGGACAUAUGAAUAGCAUGCAAAUCAGUCAAGUGCCACCCAUUCAACCUCCGGUUGCUCAUGCUGCUCCCACAUCUUUGACUCCUAAUGCUGGGAAUACAGAUUGGUCCAGGACGCAGCUCACUUGGGGACAGUUCAAUCAUUUUCAAGGUAGCGAAUAUUCGUCGAGUCACGUGACAAGCCAUCAACAUGCCGCGCACGCAGCUCAUGGUACCCAUUCUUCGAAUACCGCGAAUACCGCAAGCACAACGGCCGAAUGGUACGACCAGAGUUAUGACUAUGCCCAACACGCCCAACUCAACUAUCAUCGCAGCGUGGGUGGAAUAUACUAGCCGAAGAUGCUUCUCGAUCCGAUGGAUAAUCUGAAAUCGUCGAUCGAAUUUAUUUUUGUACAUAAUACAUUUACACUUUAUGAUCAAAACUAACUGAUAAUUUGAUCUCCUUCUACCUUAUUAAAUCUUAUCUAGGAAACCAAAGCUAUAUGACGAGACCGUAACAAUAAUAGAAAUUCGCUUUUCUUAUGUUCUUUUCUGAUGAUGUCAACGUUGUUUUCUAAUAGUUACCCGAUCUCUACUAUUGUCAUUUGCAUAUGGAUUCAAACGAUCAUUAACAUUGUCAAGAAAAGUUAUGAUGUUCCGCGUAUACAUAUAAUCUAUUUUUCCGACCGAUUUAAGUGCCUUACAAAUUAAAACAAUUAAAAAGAAUAUGAAAAAUUGUUUUCCUGACCUCUCGAUUAUCAAUUCAUCUUUCGAUUUCAU